AUGGAGAAAGGGGAGAAAACAACAGGUAACGAGGGUACGGGUAAAGGGGAGAAAACAACAGGUAAUGAGGAUACGGGAAAAAGGACGAAAACAACAGGUAACGAUGGUUCGGGAAAAGAGGAGAAAACAACAGUUAACGAGGGUAUGAGAAAGGAAAAGAAAACAACAGGUAACGAGUGUACGGGUAAAGGGGAGAAAACAACAGAUAACGAGUGUAUGGGAAAGGAGGAGAAAACAACAGGUAACGAGGGUAUUGAAAAAGGGGAGAAAGCAACAGGUAACGAGGGUACGGGAAAAGGGACGGACACAACAGGUAACGAUGGUUCUGGAAAGGAGGAGAAAACAACAGGUAACGAGGGUACGGUUAAGGAGGAGAAAACAAAAGGUAACGAGGGUACGGGAAAGGAGGAGAAAACAACAGGUAACGAGGGUACGGGUAAGGAGGAGAAAACAAAAGGUAACGAGGUUACGGGUAAGGAGGAGAAAACAAAAGGUAACGAGGGUACGGGUAAGGAGGAGAAAACAAAAGGUAACGAGGUUACGGGAAAGGAGGAGAAAACAACAAGUAACGAGGAUAUAAAAAAGGGGAGAAAACAACAGGUAACGAGAGUUCAGGAAAAGUGGAGAAAACAACAAGUAACGAGGGAACGGGUAAGGAGGAAAUAA